AUGAAGAGUUUUCCGUCAGUUAUUUUGCGUACCCCUGAUCAAGGUACAAGCUGUAUUAAUGAAGAAAGUGUUCGAAAACAAGACACUUCAAGCGAUUUGAUAGAUGUCUACAACGAAGAAGGUGACGUUGAUGUUAUCCGUCACAUGAAGAUUGAACAUCCUCCAGGUUCAGUCAACGAAUUUUUUUCUUUGCCAUUGAUGGGCAAAAAGACGCUGAAGCGUAGCCUGGAGAAAGGCGAAAUUUUGCAAAUAUGUGAGAUUGUCGAAGAACCGAUCAACGAAAACAUCAAUGCUGCGGAAGUAUCUGAUAAGAAGACACGGAAGAAAAACUUUGAUGAGCACGCUCAGGAUCUGCAAAAAGAACAAGCGCAUAAGAGCGAAAGGAAGAACAAGACGAUAUAUACGGUUCAUGAUCUUGUAAUUCUUUCCACGAUACAUCUGCCUAAUCAUGCAGUGUCCAACUUGAGAAUUUGGAAGCUUUUACCUAGAUUCAUUGAACCGUUCAAGGUGAUGAAAUGCAAUGGUGAUGCGUAUACAUUAGCCAUCCCUACAUACAUGCGCCUAAACUCAACGUUUUAUAUGGAUAGGCUAAAGCUGUAUCUUCUGAAUGCAUCUGCCGAUCCUACUCUAUCUUUGGUAGAUGAUCGAGCUGAUCAUGAAGUUUCUCCAUUUGUUCAUGUAAAGCAACCAACAAUUCUUUUCGGCGUACAAACGCUGAAGGACAUCGAAGGAUUGCUUCUUUUACUGAUUCGAACGCUUGAAGGCGAAUACUACGGAGUACCUCGAGAAUAG